CAGUGUCUCACUUGCGAGAUCUCUCAAUAGAGGGACAUCUUUCUGGCUCAUGCUUUGGAGACUGAGGCUCCUCAGAGCAGAAAAACUACCAUGGGUCUGGAGAAGUUCCUCAUUCUGUUUCCAUUGUUUGUCCUGGUGCUCGGAUGGGUCCAGCCUUCCCUAGGCCAGGAAUCUAAGGCUGAGAAGUUUAAGCGGCAGCACGUGGACCCAGAAGGUUCCUCCAACCGCAGCCCCACCUACUGUAAUGAAAUGAUGAGGAGGCGAAAAAUACCAUGCAAGAACAAGAACACCUUCAUACAUGAAUCCUUGGAAGAUGUCCAGGCUGUGUGCUCCCAGGAAAAGGUCACCUGCAAGAAGCCGAUGAUGAACAACUGCUACAAGAGCAGAGCCACCAUGCACAUCACUGACUGCGACUUACAAAAGAACCCCAAGUUUACCAACUGCAACUACAAGACCAGGCGCUUCCAAAAGCACAUUAUUGUGGCCUGUGAAGGGAACCCCUCCGUACCAGUCCACUUCGAUGGUUCUGUGUAGGACUCCACCUAGGCCAAACCGGUGAGAUAUCCGUGUCUCCCAACCUCAUCACCUCACACCUGCCUCCCCUCUCUAUCACUCUUUCUCUGAAAGAAAUAACUCAUGUUAGGACUUCUAUCCAAAAAAACAUGCGUCCCUGUCCCGAGUCCUGCUCCCAGAUCCCUCUCUUGCCGUAGACAAAUGAAGCAAGACGGCCCUCGCCAGAACGUGUCCCUUCAACCUUGGACUUUCUUGACUUCAGAUCCAAGAACCAAAUAAGACUCUGAUCAUUAUAAAUUGUCAGUCAGAGGUGUCCUUUUAGGGCACUUCACAAUGGAGAAACGACAAUGGGCAGGUUACCUUGUUCAUUGCUCCAGAUAUACCCCACUCCUGGCACCUUUAAUUGCACUACUAAGAAUAGAAAUGUCUGCCUCUCCACUGAUCAUUCAUUCCUCUCAUGUACUCUUCUCUAUAAUAAAGUCUAACAUCUAUU